ACUGAAACCCCCGUAAUGCCCGCAGGGACGGUCAGAAAACUUGAGACUUGACACUAUAUGACAGAAAUACUGAGGCAGACUUAGGCUUUAUACGGUAAGCUCUUGAUUAGUUUAUUCUAACUCGCCGAUUGAAGAUCGAACUUUUUGGCUCCCCAAGACCCACUGGAACGCUGCGCGAAAUAAAAAAAAGUCCUUGCUGUGGUUGGUCCCGUCCGGACCGAUCGGCCUCUCCUGUUGCUGGUUGCUUCGCAUUGGCAUUCAAAUCUCCCGUGUCCCAGCUUUUCUCAUCGCCUUCUCUCUUUUUUCUUCUUCUUCUCUUCAACCUCCACCUCUUUCUUUUCCAUUGUCGCCCUUGUUCUCCGUCGGCGGUCAUUGUGUGUGAUUAGGCAGAGUCUCAUCGGGAAAGGAACGUCGUGUCAAGGACAAGCAGCGCAUCGCCGAAGCAACAACAGCAAAACAACAACAAUGCACGCAUCAAAGAUCAUCGCCUCAAUUGGCCUUGCGGCUUCUGCCCAUGCCACAGUCAUCCGCUAUGAGCGCGAUCUUGAAGCCAAUGCUCCUGCUCUCGAGAAGCGAGCCGAACCGACUGCCGCUUGGGUUACUGUCGAUGAUGAGAUGCAGCCUGCGACGACAUACACUCCCUCGUAUACCACCGUCGAUGGCACCACUUCUCUGAUUGAUGCUCCUCCUCACGAUCUUACCGCCAGUGUCUACACCUACACCAGCUGGGGCAAGAUUCACACCAGCACUGGCGAGCCUCCCAACCCUCAGGCCACCGGCAAGCAUGGCGAGGGUGUCUUUGCGCGAUGCUACAACAAGGAUGGCGAUAAUGCUCCUUUCUGCUCGCCUUACGCCAACAGCACCCUGGAUGUUAAGAAUACAUACUUUGUUACCUGGGAUCCCGAUUACUUCAACAAGACCAAGUCCUCUGAUAACUCUACUCUCAUGGUCACUGCCCGCCUCGACCUCUACAACCGUACUAGUGAAUCAUGGGUGAAGUACAAGGAAUUCACCGAUUCCGCCGUCCCCGCCGCCUGGGGCUAUUGGCCUUUCGAUGUCAAGCAGGACUACAUGAAGUACUCGCCCUACAACAUCUCCAUCACCCUCUACAGCAACAGCAAUAACUCCCUCGAGAAGACCAAGUCCUCAUCUCUUUACCUCAACCUCAAUGAUCAGAACUUCCCUGAGAAGUCCCACGAGAAGUUGCCCGAGGGCCAGACCCUGACCAUCGCUCUGCCUGUCGUCUUCGGUUCUCUCUUCCUCCUCAUCGUCGGUGGCUUCCUCUGGAACCGCAAGACCCGUCGUAUCGGACUCGGCAACAUCUCGAGCCGCUCUCGUCACGGUUACACUGGCCGCGCCAAGCGCCGUAUCUUUGGUGCCAGGGAUAAUGGCAUCCAGCUCGAUACUUCAGUUCCUCCUCCUGGUGAAUACCGUGACGCUCCUCAGCGUGCUCGUGCCGACAGCGACGGUCUCGGCAGCUUGGCCGGUAGCCCUGUCGAUGCUACAUUCCCUCAGCAGGGCACCACGGGUGGUCGCAAUGCCUUCCGCGACGAAGUGCGAAGACAGGAGGAGGAGAGACGUAUGUAAAAAGAGGUGGUAUGUUUAUGAUCUUGGAUGUCAUGUAAUUGCUGGUACUUGACAACAAGCGAUUUUGUUACAAUAUUUACAAAUGACUUGUUAUAAUAUGCAUCUAGAUGGUUGGAAGUUGGGUGUAACGUUUUCACAUGACGCAUAACGAAAAUCAAUACGAAAGACUUGUCUAGACCGAAAAUAUUGGGGCCUCUUGGGUCCAUGUAACAAAAGCACUCUGUACAGGAGGGCAUCGCCAAAAACAACCAAGUUCCUAAUCCGUAAAAUCAAAGCCAUCUGCCGAAAAGUGUCAUACGCCGGGCGUCAUGGGUAUUGAAGCCAUCCCUACCAAAAUCCCACCCCUGGCAGAUUGCAAUAGUUGAUGACCAAGACAUCAACAAGCAGGCCGUAGCAACUCCGUAAAAGCAUGUAAAUGAGCAGUAUCCUUUCCCAUGCGCCGUUCUAGACCUUGGCCCGCUUAGUGUUCCCAACGCUUUGACCGUCGUCCUCGAAACGUCUCUUUGUCUUUUCAGGUGCUGGUGUGGCAGGAGGUGAUUCCUGCUCUGCCGUCAGAUCAAAACCGGCACAAAGGUCGAGCUGUGUCUCUCCCUCUUGCAAUGGCCUCAGUAAGUCAGCUGGGAUGGCCGUGGCCAGCUGACACUUCGCCUCGCAUGGUUGGUACGUAUUCGUCGUCCAAGCAUCAUCGGCGUAGUUUUUGGCCUCGGCGAUAGUAUAUCCUGUGCUAAAGCCUUCGUGGUAUGCAUCUGGGAGAAUUACUAUUGUCUCGCCAGGACGCUGGUCAAUGAUGCGGAAAGGGAUGCCAAGUUUUUCCAGUUUCUGGGGAAAGAAAAACUCGGCUCGAUGGCGCAUAAACUGUGAGCACUUGUCCUUCCGGCCAAGCGCCUCUUCGGCAACAUCGACCGCAGUCGAGGGAACCACGAUCCAAAUCUUUCGUCCCUUGUACAGAUGGUUAAGGGAAACGAGCCGGAAGUCUUCUGCGUGGAUUUGAAAGCUGGCUCCGAAAUGGGGUCCUGAUUCAUACACAUAUGGAGUAUGGAUUCCAGGAAUUAUGGCUUUUGUGUUGUCCAAUUUAUCACCCUUGAGGGGAUAAAUGGGACUUCUUUCAGGAACACCGGCUUCAAGACGUUGUUCGGGAGUCCAUGCAGGCACAUCAACUCGAUAACGUACAUUGCGAAUCUGCUUGUGGUCGUUCUUGCGAUAAAGUUUUCUGAGCUGAUCGAUGGCUUUGAUAGCCGUGACAUUGCAUUUCGUACCUGUAACGGACGAGUUGAAACUGCCGACAGACGGAACUGUGUCAACUCGCCAGAAACUGUUCCUUUUAAUUUGAGUAGGGCGAUAAGCAUUCGCCGGUACUUUUUGGGAGUCCUUUGCUGGGAGGUCUUCUAUGAGUUCCUCAGGAAGGACGAUUUUAAAACAACCGUGGCUUUCAGCCUUAAGACUCCUGGCGAAUGCAAGAUUUGCCGGAAAGUCGUUCCAUUGCUCGACAGUUGGUUUGAGUCGGAGAACUUGAUGUCCCUCAGGGCCAUCCCAAUCAAAAUCUAUUGGAUCGGGUUCAGCGACAUGCUCAUCCAAUUCGGAUGGUAGAUCACUGAGAAUUGAGCUUGCGUCGUCUUCGUCAAGGUCCGGAGAAAGUGACGGGACUUGUCCCAGCGGAGAUGGUCCAUUCGUAAUGAUAUCUUGGUCUGUGAUUAAUUGAGACGUCUGAGGAUACUGUGGUUCGAUGACGUUUUGCUGUGUUUUGGCGGGGAUUGGACGCUGCUCGUCUAGGGAUUCGGUAGUGGGAAGUGGCCCAGGCGCAGGCGCAGGUGCAGGCUCAAGAUGCGAAGAGUGUUGAAAAUGAAGAACAGGUUCCGCAAACUCAUGCGGCGGAUGUUGAAUCUCCAUUGAAGCCGGGAGGAGCCCGCCUCGCCAAUGCGAUAGGCAAGCGAUGAGGUUUUGGUGUUGAUUGAUGUCUGACAGUGGAGAACAAAAGUGAGAGUGAGAGUGAGCGAGAAAGGCGGCGAGUGAGAGAUGAGCACAAUCGCCACUUAUUUUAGGACAGAGGCCAGAGUUUUUGUAUGCGCCGUGAGGCUCCGAACUCGCAUUCUUGACAGCCAACAACCAGGACAAAGGCACAAAGGAACAAAAGAAGAGCAGGAAGUUUGUGCGCGAUGAAUGUAUGAACAAAAGAGAAAAUGGAGGCUACCUAGGGUAGUAGUAGUUGUCAGGUAGUACGUUGCAGAAAAGAAUCCC